CUACACCAAUGCCAAGCUGCAAACUAGUUCAGAAACGCACUCGGGCCCUGCACUAGGCUUGCCGCUGUCGCAUUUCAAAUUGGCGGGAGCGCUGAGGCGCUUGACAGCGAACUUGGGCAGUGCUGCUUGGAUAAUUGCCAGCAAGAAAUGCGCACCAUUCAAUUUUUAAGCGCGAAAUAGUCGCGCUCCGCCGGGGCCGGCCGAGGCCGCGCCGGCCGACACCGCGCAACUACUCUACCUCCGCGUCGCUGCGGUGCUCGAAGGGCCUCAGAGCGCUCCAAAAUGGAGCCGGCAGCGCUCACCACGCCCGCUGGCCACGGCGCAGCCAGCAGCAGCGGCGACGAGGCUGCUGCUGGAAUGCUGCGCCGCCCGCACUACUCGCCAAGGAGCCACCCCUUCUCCACACCGCCAACGAACAGCAGCCUCGGCGCAGCAGCAGCCGACACGCCCCCGCCGCUGCUCGUCUCCCCAGUGGCGCCCGCGGCCCCCGCAACGGCACCCCCAGCCUGGCAGCAGCCGCAAUCGCAACGACAACCGCCGCCGCCGCCGCGCGGCGCCUGGGGCUCCCACCAGCCCGCCUCCAGCCCCACUUCUAACGGCACCCCAGCCGGCGACGGCUUCAAGAAAGGCGCCGCCGCAACACCAGCAGCCCGCGCCGGAGCUGCGUCGGUCGGCGGUGGCUCUGGAAACGGAACCGGAGCUCCGCAACAGUUUCACGGUCGGAGCCCAUCCACGCCGCACCACCCAGCAGCAGGUGCUCAUCUGGCCGGCGGUGGCGGCAGUAGCAACACCGGCGGCAGUAGCCACGGCGGCGGCAGUAGCCACGGCGGCGGCCGUACGCUCAACGGCGGCGGCGGCGGCGGCGGCAAUGGCGACGGUGGCAGUAACGGCACUGCCGGCGGCCAAACGGGCCCGGACGGCGGCGGCGGAGGCGGUGGCGGAGGCGGAGGCGUUGCAGCUGGUAUGGGUGUUAGCAAUGGCAGCGGUGGCGGUGGCGGCGGCGGCGGCACCAGCGCUACUGCUGGCACCAGUGGCGGCGGGGGUCUGCUGGCUCUGUCGCGGCUGGCUGUGCGUGUGUCGGGUCUGGAGGGGGAGCUGGCGGCUGUCCGGGGGGAGAGGGAGGCGGCGGCGGCGGAGCUGGAGGCCAGCAGGCGGGCUCGUGCCGCGCUGGAGGCUGAGCUGGCAGCGGCGCGUUCGGCCGCCCGGUCACAAGCACACGAGCUGCAGGACGCGGUGGCGGCGGCGGCGGCGCGGGCGGCGGCGGCGGAGGAGGCGGCGGCGGAGUUGCGGCGGCAGUUGGAGGGGCGGCGCGCGGCGGCGGAGGGCGUCAUGGCGGGACGCGACCGGCGGUUGGCGGAGCUGCAGGCCGCUGUGACAGCGCUGCGUGAGGAGCUCGGCGCCAAAGAGGCCGAGCGGGCGGCGGCGGCGGCGCAGCUGGCGGCGGGCGGGGUGCUAGUGGAGGCGCUGGAGGCGGAGCAGGCAGCGCUGAGGCAGCAGUUGUCGGGGGUGCGCGGUCGCCUGGCCCGCUCCGACGCGGCACUGGGCGCCUGGCGCCGCUGGGCCGAGGAGCAGCUGGGAGGAGGAGGAGGCGGCGGCGGUGGCGGUGGUGGCGGCGGCGGCGGCGGCGGCGGCGGCGGCGACGCCGGCGGUGGGGAGGAGGCCGGCGGUCCUGGUGCUGCGGCUGGCGGUGGCGGCGGUCUGGAGGCGUUGGUGGCGGGACUGAAGUCGGCGGCCGAACGAAUGGCGCACCUGGCCGAGCGGCUGCGGGCGAGUGAGGCCGCCCACCAGGAGCUGCAGCUGAGGCACGUGGAGGCGCAGGCGCAGGCGCACGCCGCAGAGGAGCACGUGGCGGCGCUGUACGGGCGCCUGGCGGAGCGGGCCGAGCAGCUGGCGGCGGCGGGCGCGGCGCGGGCGGCGGCGGCGGCGGAGGUGCGGCGCGGCGAGGGGCUACUGGCGGCGGAGGCGGCGGCGCGGCGGCAGCUGACGUCAGCGCUGGCGGCGCUGCAGGCGCGCUUCGCCGGCGGCUUCGAAGCCGCCGUAGCGGCGGCGGCGGCGGCGGCCGCCGCCGCCGCUGGUGGCGCCUCUGGCGGUUCUUCCGGGGAUGGCGCUGGUAGUGCUCCUGGGGUUGCUGAUGCUGGGGGUGGGGCUGCGGGAGGUGGGGGUGGGGCCGCUAGUGCAACUUAUGAAGCAGCGCCCGGUGCGGCCUUGGGUGCGGCAGCGGCGGCGUCUGGAGUUGCGAUGGCGUCGGCGGCUGCGCCUAAGGGGCUGGCUGCCGCUCCUGCUGCGGAGGCCGACCCCGAUGCGGCAAGGCUGCGGUUUGAGGCGGCGGCUGCCGCCAGCAGCAGGGGGGCGGCUGGCGUGGCGCCGACGGCGGCGGCAGCGGCGGCCGCGGAGACCGCAGCGGCGGCGAUGGCUCCGGCAGCAGCUCCGGCGGCGGCAGCACACCUACCACACCCACUUCCACCACCACCUCCACCACCGCUGGCACACGUGACUCCUACAGCCGCCAACGCUGCUGGUGAGGUCGCUUGCGGCGGAGGUGGUGGCGGCGCAACGGCAGCCGCUGAAUGCCCCCACCUGCCGCCGCCGCCGCUGGUGCCGGAAACGCGCAGCAGCAGCCUGCAUAGCGGUAGCCCGCCGCAGCCGCUGCUGUUGACCGACAGCAGAGCCACCGAGGGCGCAGAGGUAGCUGCAGCGGGUGCGGCGGGUGCAGCGGGUGCAGCGGGUACGGGGGGUGCGGCGGGUCCGGGAGGUACGGGAGGUGGCGGCGGAGGUGUCGCCACCCACACGCCGCCGCCGCCGGCCUCAGCGGCGCCAGCGGCCGCGCCAAACGCACAAGCACCCACACCACAAGCAGCAAUGGUGCAAGCAGCAGUAGCCGACGCCCACGCGGCUGGUGAGGACGGCAGUAGCAGGCCGGCCAAGCGCCGUCGCUCCCUGCCCUCCGAGCAGCCCUCCUCCGCCGCGGCAGUGGUGGUGAUGGCGCCUUCACACGUCAGUGGCGCGGCGGGGGCUGGGGCUUCAGCGGCUCCACCAGCGGCGCCGGCAGCGGCUUCCCCAGCGACUCCCCCAGCGGCGCCACCAGGGGCGGCGGCGGGGGCCGGGGCUUCAGCGGCACCAGCAGCGGCGCCAGCAGCGGCGCCAGCAGCAGCGGCUCCAGCAGGGCCGGUGGCGGCGCCGCAGUUGCUGAUGGUUGGGGCAGAGUCGCCACGUCGGGCAGCAGCUCAGGCCACCGAGGCGGGCCAUCACAGCCGAGCCAGCGGGGCAGCAGUAGCAGGGGCAGCAGCAGACGCAGCAACAGGGGUAGCAGCAGACGCAGCAGCAGGGGCGGCAGUAGCAGCGGCGGCGGUAGCAGCAGCAGGGGCAUCAGGGGCAGCAGGGGAGCGGCUGCUGAGACUGGGGCCGGCUGCCGCUUCUGUUGCUGGGGGUAUUGAAAGCGGCGCCAGCACUGGCGGCGGCGCUGGCGGCGGCGCUGGCGGCGGCGCUGGCGGCGGCGCUGGCGGCGGCGCUGGCGGCGGCGCUGGCGGUGGCGCUGCAGGUGCUGGUGCCGAUGCAGCGGUGGAAUCGGCUGGCGCACCUGAGUUGGAGGCGGGGGAGGCGGCGGCGAUGGAGGCAGCAGCGGAGGGUGGGGCGGCGGAGGCGGCGGAGGCGGCGGGGGCAGGGGCGGCGGGGGCGGCACACCAGCAGGCGGUGAUGGAUGCGAUGGUGGACGCGCCUGGAGGCGGGGGCGGGGUGGAGGCGGAGGCGGCAGCAGUAGUGGCGGAAGCGGCGGCGACUGUAGCAGUGGCGGCGGCGGGCGGCUCGGAGGCCGACAUGGGCGCACGCGAGCGCAGGGGUGUUGGCAGGGGUGAAGUAAAUGGCAUGGCCGGCGGCGGCAACGCUUCGCCGGCUACCACGGCCGCUGCUGCCGAGGCUGCUGCCGAGGCUGCAUCAGCAGAGGUGUCAGCUGGUGUUGGAGGCGGCGAAGGGGUCGGGUGGGGGGAUGAUGGCUCGGCGCAGCUGCCGUCGCCGCCGCCCAGCAAGAGGCAGCGGCGGCUGGAGCCGCACCCGCAGUCCUCACAGCCGCCGCCGUCGCAGCCGCAGCCUUCGCAGCCACACCCGCAGCCACACCCGCAGCCACACCCGCAGCCGCAGCCGCAGCCGCAGCCGCAGCGGUCACCGCCAACACCACAGGCCCAGCCGCACGAUGGUGGCAGGGCAGAAGCAGGAGCAGGGGCCGGAGCCGGUGGAGCCGCAGGCGGCAGCAGUGGUGGUGCAAGGGGUGGCAGCGGCACGGGCGGCGAGGGCGAGACAGCAGAGACCGCAGUGGAAACCGCAGCGGAGGCUGCAGCGGAAGCUGCAGCGGAGACCUCAGCGGAGACCUCAGCGGAGACUGCGGCUGCAGCGGAGGCUGCAGCGGCUGAUGGCAUGGAUGAGGGCGACCGGAGCAGCGGCGGCGCAGACGGGGUAGCCAAUGAAGCCGGAGGUGGUGACGUAUUGCGCGGGGAGAGCGAGGGUGCGGGUGCAGCGGGCGUGGGGGAGGAGGUUGGUGGUGAGAUGGACGUAGAAGGGCGAGGGGCAGACAAUGGAGUGGGUGGAGGCGGAGGCACCGAGGGCGCAUCCGGAGGCGCAUCCGGAGGCGGAGGCGGGGGCUGGGGUGGAGGUGGGGGCAGCGGGCGGCGAGGCGCGCGGGGCGGCGGCGGCAGCGGAGGGGGUUCGGCACUGGCUGGAUUGUUUUCGGCAUUCGCGGAUGAAGAAGAGGGAGAGGAAGAGGAGUAUUGAGGUUACUGCGAGCGAGAAUGAGAGAGGGAGCUCAAUUGCUUCGGGUGAAUCGCAGGGAGGGGAGGCGGGAGGCACAGCGGCGUGCACGUGCAACGAGUUGGGCGGUUUGGGCCUGGCCGUCUGCUGGGUGGGCACUGGGCAGCCAGAGCGAGUGUUUAUCUAACUCGUGUACGCAGGAGCUGUGUGUAUGAAGGUGCUUCAUUAUCAUCAAACAAUCGCAUUGUUACCGUAUAUGAUAUGUAUGCACGAGAAAGCUGCUUGAACGUCAGAAGCGUUCGCCACUUCUCCCGCCGGGUGCUUGCGGCGGUAUUCUUUAUGGCCUCUGUCGGUGCAAGGGGCAAGCCGCGGGCUUGGGCAGCCCUAAGGCGUCUAUGCC